AACGAGACGACCUUCUCAUACGUUCUUUCUUUCCCAUGAGUACAUUCUGCAGGAAGGGACAUCGCUUCCAUGUGAAUGGUGCCAAGAUGCUUUUGAGUUAUUAAUCUAUGGGAUAUAUAGGCAUUUCCUGUUUGAACAGAUUUGCUGACACGCAGCCCAAUCAAAUGCAGAACAUAUUGGAACAGGAUCAUAGAGUUUAACUGAAAGGCUUUUGCGACUGAUAUUCAAAAUGGCCACGAAUAAUAAGGAGACUCGCAUUAAAGUGCGCGGCAAAUUUCAGUUAAGACAUGACCUAUCCAAAAUGAGGUUUGAAGUAGAAAGAAUUAAAACGUUUAAAACCUGGCGGAAAAAAUGUCCAGUAACACCAGGCUCACUUGCAGAGGCAGGAUUCCGCUACGUCGGGAUAUUUGACAGAGUGGAAUGCUUUUCGUGCGGAGGCCAAAUUGAGGGGUGGAAAGAAGGGGACAUUGUAGCGGAAGUACAUAAAACAAUGUAUCCGCAUUGUGAUAUGGUGAAGAACCAGGAGAAGAAAAAUUUCACGAUUGAAAGGUGGAAUGAAAUGAAGGAAAGCCUAAAGACUGAUACCUCGCGGACUGAGGCGGACGGACAAGCCGUCUUAUGCAUCAGUAAAACCCAUGAUCUGAUGACCUCUAAAGACUAUGUAGAUGCCUAUUGUGGAACAUCUUUUACUGGGAAGUUGACAAGUGCCCAUGCUCCACUAUUUGAUGAUGAAUUAAGACGGGAAGACACGUUCCGCGAUUGGCCAGACGAAUGCAAACUGUCUCAUUCUGAAACAAAAUGGCUGGCUAACGCUGGAUUUUCGUUCACAGGUCCUGGUGACAGGGCCAGAUGUUUCUACUGUAAUGGUGGCAUUGAGAACUGGGAAGAGGAUGACGAGCCCUGGAGCGAGCAUGCCAGGAACUUUCCUAAGUGCGAGUGGCUGAUAGAAAUGAAAGGGAAAGCUUUCGUUGAUGAAGUACAGGAUUUCUUUAAGAAAGCAAAAGCGAGUGAGGAGGCAGAGAAGAGAGAAUCUAAACAGAGCCCAGCUGUUUCUACCCAGUCCUCACCAGCAGAUCAUCAGAAGACACCAGCUUCAGAAGCAGGCGAGUCAGAGAAGGAUACCAAAGUUUCUGCUAAGAAAUUGGUCGAGAUAAUGGACAGCCCGACUGUCAAAAUGAUCCUGAAGAGUAAAUUCGACGCGGCGCUAGUGUGUCGUAUCAUCGAGGAACAAUUACAUGAAACGGACCUAAACUUCUCGACUUCGGACAACUUCAUCAAAAUUUUAGAGGCGGCGGAACAGAAGAACACAGCCAAUGAUAAAUCAUUGCAAUCUUCAGCAAGCACCAUUGAUACACAGACGCAAAGGUUUGCUAAUCUUGAGAUAAACAGUGACUCAAGACAAGAAGAAUCACCAAAGUCUGGUCAAAAGAGCUUCGCCACUGCAAAAUCUUAGAAACACAAAUAAUUCUCAUCGACUACAUCAAGUACUAGAUACCUGAUGGAUGUCGGUCCAAAGAAGGUCAUGUGUAAGGUCUGUAAUAAGCAGGAUGUAGCGACCAUAUUGCGUCCCUGCAACCAUGAAGUGGCUUGCCUUCAAUGCGCCCGUGUUGCUACUACAUGCCUACAGUGUGCCACACCAAAAACGGACUAUCGACGUAUAUCCAUCAUGCUGUAAUUGCAGCUAUCAAUAUGAACUGAAUUUCAAAAUCAAUGCCGAAAAUGUUCACUAUACGCCUGAUAGGAUUAUUGUUUCAUAGUCAACUUACAAUCGUUUGAUAUUAAACAUUAACGUAAAUAUACAUUUUCAUUGCAUGGCAGUUUGUAGAUAAUUAAAGAAGUAUUUAGAUAUACAAAUAUGUAAAAACUAAAACUUAAUAUAGACUACAGUAGGUCCUCUUAAAUUAUUCAAAGUCAUCAAAACUAUUAAAGAUAUCACGCCCACUGAACUUGGCCAAGUUGAACAUUACUAAAUUACAUUUGUUAUCUCGAAUUUUUUAUUUAUAAGUCGGAUUUAACUCGCUCGAUAUUAAACGUAAAUGUAUAAAUAUAUAUUUUCAUUGCACGGCAGUUACUAGAGAAAUAAAGAGUUAUUGAAGUACUCAAAAGCUUAAAAGUAUGUUAAAAAUGAUGUAAAACUAUAAUUAUGUAGAGUAAAGUGUUCUAAAGUUCUUUAAUUUCAUUAAUACUAUGAUUGGAGAUAUCACGUCUAAUAAACUUGACCCAGAUGUUAAGUCAAUGUUAAUUGAACAGUGGAUAAACAGUCGUAAAUUUAUCAUUAUAUUUAUUUUUAUUUGAAAGUCCAACAUUUCAGUCGCAUACUAUUGAAACAUUCUCAUGUAUAUAUUUUGUUUUUCUUCAUUACAUCCAUUUACUAGAUAAAUCAAAAGGUAUUACAGUACAAUUAUGUAACAAAUCUAAACUCUGCGUAGACUGCAGUGCUCUAAAGUUCUUCAAAGUCAUUAAUGCUAUUGUAUAUAUCACGUCUACUGAACUAGAACCAGUUCUUAAGUCAAUAGUGAAUGGCCAUUUGUCUUUUUAAAAUCUUUUUUCCAUGCAAGUAGGACAGGUUGAUGAAAAAUAUACCCCCUGAAGUGUACCAUUAUUUUCAUGCUAUAUUCGAGAUAAUUCAACUAGAAUUGUAAGUGUACAAAUGUAAUGAUUCUAUAUUGAAGUGAAGUUUGAUUUCUUUCAUCUAACAUUGAAAUAUAUUUAGUUUCGAUUUAAAAAAAAAAAAUGAAUUCGACAUCAUAAUUAACUCUGUCAAUUGUCAUUCGAGGUGACUUUAUUCAAGGUUUAAAAAGUAAAAUGUUGAUUUGCCGGUCUCCUUCCAUGUGAAGUAAAAAUAUAAAAUGCCACGCCUGAUGAACUUCAUAAAUUGAA